AUGAGGGAAAAGAACAUGCCAUUCUCGGAAACCACCCCUUUGCUGGAGGUCCAUGUCGCACCACCGCGGCAUCGGUACCCUCACCAUACUAUCCGUCGAGCUUGUACAUUCAUCCUCAGCACCCUACUUGUAAUUGUCGUCAUACUUUUCCUGAUCCCAACAGCCAUCCUACCCCGGGAACACGGCUCGGUCUGGUCUUAUCUACCAUGGGCCAAGCCAUUCCCCCACAGUGCCUGGCCCCAGGCCUAUGGUCUUCCGUAUGACCAGCUACAGCAGGUCCUCCUUGAAACUCCAUCGGCUGCCAAGGCUCGUGAGUGGAGCGAAUACUAUACCGCCGGUCCCCACCUAGCUGGCAAGAACUUGAGCCAGGCCCUAUGGACUAUGGAGAAAUGGAAGGAAUUUGGUGUCGAGGAUACUACCAUUGCUACCUACGAUAUCUAUCUCAAUUAUCCUCUGGAGCACCGCCUUGCUCUCCUCAAGAAAUCCGGUGAAAAGACCGAGGUCACCUUCGAGGCGACCCUGGAGGAAGACGUCCUGGAAGAGGAUCCUACUUCCGGUCUGCCCGACCGAAUUCCUGUUUUCCACGGCUACUCAGCCACCGGCAAUGUCACUGCUCAAUAUGUGUAUGCCAACUUUGGCACCUUCAAGGAUUACGAGGACCUGGUGGACGCUGGCAUCGAUCUUGAGGGAAAGAUUGCCAUUGUCAAGUACGGCGGAAUAUUCCGUGGCUUGAAGGUUAAGCGCGCACAGGAGCUUGGUAUGGUUGGUGUUCUCAUCUACAGCGAUCCCCAAGAGGAUGGUGAGAUCACCGAGGAGAACGGUUAUAAGGCCUACCCUGAUGGACCAGCCCGUAACCCCAGUGCCAUCCAAAGAGGUAGCACGCAGUUCUUGAGUUUCCUUCCUGGCGACCCCACAACACCUGGAUAUCCAUCUAAGCCCGGUUGCGAACGGCAAGAACCGAACUCAAUUCCUUCCAUCCCUUCUCUUCCCAUCUCUUAUAAGGAGGUAUUGCCUUUCCUCAAGGCUCUGAAUGGCCAUGGUCCCAAAGCCUCGGACUUCAACAAGUAUUGGCAGGGUGGUCGCCUGGGCUACAAGGGCGUUGAGUACCAUAUCGGACCUUCACCAGAAGAUGUAGUCAUCAACCUUAACAACCAGCAGGAGUAUGUGACCACCCCGCUGUGGAAUGUCAUCGGUGUCAUCAAGGGACACAUCCCCGAUGAGGUUAUCAUUCUGGGUAACCACCGUGACGCCUGGAUCGCCGGCGGUGCCGCUGAUCCCAACAGUGGUUCUGCCGCCCUGAAUGAAGUCAUUCGCAGCUUCGGUGAAGCUAUGAAGGCCGGGUGGAAGCCUCUGCGCACCGUUGUCUUUGCCAGCUGGGAUGGCGAAGAGUACGGUUUGCUCGGUUCGACUGAGUGGGUGGAGGAGAACCUUCCGUGGCUCUCCAAGGCCAACGUUGCCUAUCUCAACGUUGAUGUCGCUGCUGCUGGCACCGAGUUCGGUCCUCGGGCUGCUCCUUUGCUCAACAAGGUUAUCAGGGACGUGGCUGGCCUGGUGCAGUCUCCUAACCAGACUGUCCCCGGACAGACAGUCGGAGAUGUUUGGGAUGGUAAGAUUGCUACCAUGGGAAGUGGCAGCGAUUUUACUGCUUUCCAGGACUUUGCUGGUAUUGCCAGUCUGGACUUUGGAUUUGGCCGUGCGGAGAACGACCCGGUUUACCACUACCACUCCAACUAUGACAGCUUCGCAUGGAUGGAGAAAUACGGCGACCCAACCUGGUCUUAUCACACUGCGUGCACCAAACUCUGGGCGCUUGCCGCCGCGCAACUCAUUGAGACGCCUGUGAUCGCUUUCAGCGCUGCGGAUUAUGCUCGGGGCCUCGGAGAUUAUCUCGCACGAGCGAAGCCCGCCGCGAAGAACGUGCCCGGGGCAGACUUUGACUUUAGCGGUCUGGACCUGGCCAUCGAUCGAUUCGGCACAGCCUCGAUCUUGUUCGACAAAUACACCGAAGACCUCAAGGCGCAGCUAGGCGAGCACAUCCCUUGGUAUCACUGGUGGAAGAAGGUCCGCCUUCUCUUCCAAAUUCGCGUUGCGAAUGACAAGUACAAGGGCAUCGAGCGAGCCUUCCUAUAUGAGCCUGGCCUGGACGGUCGGACCUGGUUCAAGCACGUUGUAUUUGCACCGGGUAUCUGGACAGGCUACUCGGGUGCAACAUACCCCGGACUGGUGGAGAGCCUUGAGGCUGAGGAUGUGGAGAACGCCCUGAAAUGGAGUAAGAUCAUCGAGGAGCGGAUUGAUGCAGCCACCGAGCUGCUGCAAUUCUCGGUCACGUCUGAUGAUGCAGAAACCCAAGCUGCCUGUGAGGCAGCUUUUGAUAUUGUGAAUACUAAUCGGAUUACGCAGCGAUAUGCCGAUUCGCAGAACCCCGUAGGUUGCCGCCUCAUCCCUGUUGAUCCCGGAGUUGACAUCCUUGUCUUCACAUCCAUUCUGCCCUAUCUGCCCGAGCUCAUUGAAUAUGUGGGCGUCCCCGAAGCCGAAGUCGCCAAAUGGGCCGGUAUCGCCUCUGCGGUCGCAUCCGUGAGUCAAGCCGUCAUGGCCGUGCCUUGGGGUUCAUUAUCCGACCAUAUUGGGCGCAAGCCGAUUAUCAUCUCCGGCUUGGCCUGUACCAUGCUUUUAUCGAUAAUGCUAGGCAUGUCCCAGACGCUAGGCAUGCUUCUUGUAUCGCGGGCCAUGAUCGGUCUUAUGAACGGGAAUGUCGGUAUUAUUCGGACCAUGGUCGCGGAGAUCGUGCCUGAGCGGGAACUGCAGCCUCGUGCGUUUAGUAUUAUGCCUAUGGUCUGGACGAUCGGGAGUAUCUUUGGCCCCGCGUUUGGAGGUGCACUGGCACGACCGGCAGAGAAAUAUCCCGCGCUUUUCGGGGAUUCGGUCUUUUUGAGACGGUUUCCUUUUGCGUUGCCGAAUUUGUUGUCCGCGAUUUUCUUUAUUGUUGGUAUCGUUACGGGCAUUCUGUUUCUGCAGGAGACCUUGGAGACGAGGAAGGACCGAUAUGAUCCGGGUCUUGCGUUGGGUCAGGCACUUACUGGCUCGUGUGUUUCGAGGAAGCGUCAGGUUGGAUCGAAGGAUUCGGACGAGGAGCGGACGGUCUUGCUUCCUCGCAAGAAUCCGAAGACGAAGGAUGUGGUGAAGCGGCCUAGCUGGUCCCAGGUCUUUACUCCACAGUCAAACAUUAUACUUCUGUCUUACACUUUGAUGUCUGGCCUCGGCAUGGCUUUUGAUUCCGUGUUUCCUGUCUUUUUGCAUUAUCCUGUGCAAGAACUUUACGAUAAUCCGGAUGUGAAACUGCCAUUCAAGUUUGCAAGCGGGUUUGGAAUUGAUUCACAAACCAUCGGCCUAUACUACACCGUCAUCGGAAUCGCAGGCAUGCUAAUUCAGUUCCUCUGUUUCCCACCAUUGGCUCAGCGCUACGGUGUGCUAAACUGUUACAAGGCCGCAGCGAUCGCCAUGCCAGUCAUCUUCUUCCUAACUCCCUUCACAGCUCUUGUGCCCGAAUCAUGCCGUCUUGCAGCCGUCCUGCUGAUUAUGUUAGCCAAACUGGGAGCCGUUGUAUUUGGUAUACCAUGCUGCACUAUCCUUCUUACCAACUCUGCGGCGAGUAUGACCGUGUUGGGAACGCUGAACGGCGUAGGAACCAGUGUAAGCGCCCUGGGGCGUGCCGCCGGACCAGCUCUGAUUGGAGCCGCCUUCUCCUGGGGUGUCAAGAGAGGCUCCGUGGUGGUGCCGUGGUGGCUCUUGAGCAUUUUGAGUCUCUUUGCUAUUAUCCCGUCUUAUUGGAUUGUUGAGCAAGAGGGGCCCCGUCGCGGGAAACCCUUGGAAGAGGAGGAUAUCGAGCAGGACCAGGAAGACGGCAGUCAUGCCCCAGGAUAUGGUGGUGUAGACAUCUCUACUGGCGCAGGAACAGGUGCGAAGUGA